AUGGACCCACUGCAACUGCGACACCCUUUGCCACAAGAAUACCUUCAAAGACAUGACACCGAACUGCUUCAAAACAUAUUUCUUGGCGUAAGGCAAGCUAUCCUCACCGGCAACUACGGGCAGAACUCGCCCCAAGCGCUUAUGGCCACCUUAGAAACCAUUGCAGCUAUCGUGCGCGAAAGGCGAGGAGGAGGAGGGGGAGGGAGAGGAAUGCCACCGGACCCUCGUGAAUCUUAUGGGCCCCCGCCAUUUGGAGGACCAGGAGGACCUUUUGGCAUGGGACGAGGACGGUCUGGUAGUCCUCCGUUUGGCAUGGGGCGAGGAAGGCCUAGCAGCGCACCAUUCGGCAUGGGCCGUGGUGGACCUGCUAGUCCACCAUUUGGUGGCAUGGGACAAGGAUAUCCUGGAGGACCUUUCGGUAUGGGAGCAGGAAGGCCUCCUCCACAUUUUGGAAUGGGGCCGGGAGGACCUCCUCCAGAAUUUAUGGGAGGAAGAGGGCCAGGAGAACCAGGUUCUCCAUUCGGCAUGGGUCCAGGAUAUCCAGCAUUUGGUGCUAUGGGCGGAAAUCCGAUGCAUAAUCCAUACAUGCAGGCCGAGUACGGCUUCCCUGGUGAAUUCACCUACGGGCCCCGACGCCGUCCACGACCUCGUUCUCCAGGCAUGGGCCCAUUCAUGGGAGACCCCUUCGACGACGAUUUAGAUGACGAUGAAUACCCCUUCCGCUUUAGAGCAGCGCCUGGGUCUUCGUUCCGUGACUACUUUGACACUAGUUUCUCUUCUCCUCGGCAGGACGAUGAUCCUCUGUUUGGAGAGUCGCGGCCAAAACAGCCAGUGAGAAAUCCAGAUACACCCGAUCUUUACGCCAUCAUGGGUCUUCCACGUACAGCCAAGCCAAAGGAGAUCGAGAAGAAAUACAAGGAACUCAUGAUGAAGUAUCAUCCUAAUCGUAUUGCCCAGAAGGGAGGGAGCGAAAAGGAGAAAGAGGAGGCUACCAAGAAGUGUCAAGAAGUCAAUCAGGCGAACGAUGUGUUAAGCAAUCCAAGAAGAAGAGCCAUUUAUGACCAAACAGGAGAAAUUAAGGAACUAUGA